AUGGGAGAAGACCUGACUGAAGUCUUCGGGCACGCGAAGUUGACGCAAGCGGAGUUGGUCGGAGCCACCUCGCCGGAGGAUCUUUUCAGCAUCUUGGAAACAUUUGAGGAUGCCAUAAAUGUGGAGCUACGUCCAGUAGGUUCUCAAGGGUUAGCUGGCCCUUUCGAGGCCGAUGAGGAUGAUGAAGAGGCCGGCCAAGCUCGGAAGAAGCAGAAAGUGUCGAACGCUGCGGUUGCCCAAGAUGGACAGCAGAAGAUGUCUCACGUCACGGUGGAGCGCAACCGGCGGAAGCAGAUGAACGAUCACUUGUCGGUGCUGCGCUCGUUGAUGCCUUGCUUCUAUGUCAAAAGAGGAGAUCAAGCAAGCAUCAUAGGAGGGGUAGUGGAGUACAUCAAGGAGCUGCAGCAAGUGUUGCAGUCCCUGGAGGCCAAGAAGCAAAGGAAAGCUUACGGUGAACUGCUAAGUCCAAGGCCAGCUUCCAGCCCGAGGUCUUCUUCAACCUUGAGCCCCAGACCACCACCUCUAAGCCCUAGAAUGGCUCUUCCCAUCAGUCCAAGAACUCCACAACCGAGAAGCCCUUACGGACCGGGGAUGCAACGCAGCUACCUCUCCCCGACACUGGUCUCCUCCCAUGAAUCCUCCUCUCCUAUUGACAGCAGCAGCUCUGAGCUGGUAGCCAACUCCAAAUCCCCGGUGGCCGAUGUGGAGGUGAAGUUCUCAGGCCCAAACGUGAUCCUUAGAACUGUGUCGCAUCGCAUCCCUGGGCAAGCUCUGAAGAUAGUUGCAGCUCUCGAGGCCCUCGCGCUCGAGAUACUCCAUGUCAGAAUCACCACCGCCGAUGACACCAUGCUCAACUCAUUCACCAUCAAGAUCGGAAUAGAGUGCGAGCUCAGCGCCGAGGAACUCGCACAAAAAAUUCAGCAAACAUUCUACUAAAGCUACAGCUGCUUCACAGCAAAUCAACCAUGUUUCCGACCUGGAAAUAGUUGGCCACCACUCUCUCCUCUCUG